AUGGCAGAAUCAAAGUACUGUCGGAUAGUUAUCUUCACCGUGAUGGUGCUGCUAACGCUUGUCCGAUUACCAACGGUGAACAGCUUCUGCCCUUCGCUCUGCACCUGCGAAAGUGAUCGCAAUCUACGCACGUCCUGCAUAAACGCAUCGCUCGAAGUGGUACCGAUACAGCUUAAUCCGGACGUGCGGUACCUCAACCUUACCGCCAACCAGAUCACCAACGUACACUUUACGCUGGCCUUCUACUAUCAGCUCGAGUCGCUCGAUCUGUCCCACAACCGGAUCGACUCGCUCGGUUCGAAAAACUUCGAAUCGCAGGAAAAGCUGCUGGCGCUAAACCUAAGCCACAAUGUGUUGCAGAGUCUGCUGAAGGACAGCUUCCGAGGGUUGAAACGGCUCGAGCUGUUGCGGCUCGGCGAUAACCAGCUGGAGCAGAUCCAUCCGACCGCCUUCCAGGCGCUAACCUCCCUGAGAAGGCUCGAGCUGAUGAAUAACCGGUUGGUGAGCUUCGAGGAUGGUGUGCUGAGGCCACUGGUGGCACUGGAAACGCUGCUGCUCACCAACAACCAGCUGCUCGAGGUACCGUACGAGGCUAACCUGGAGUAUGGGCGAUCGCUGCGCCAUCUCGACCUGUCCACCAAUCUGAUCGAGUACGUCGCAAACGAUAGCUUCGGCGCCCUGCACGAGCUGCGCACACUCCGGCUGGCCGGGAACGUGCUGAUGGAGCUCGACUGGAGCGCUUUCAGCGGUUUAAAUGCCCUGCAGCUUCUCGACCUGGCGGAUAACAAUCUAACGACCAUCCCAACGGUGCAGCUGUCGAAGCUGUACAAUCUGACCACGCUGACACUGAGCGGUAACUCGUUCGUGGAGCUACCGGCGGUUGCCUUUCAGAAUCUGUUUCAGCUGCGUGAGCUGCAUCUGGACCGGUUGGAUCGAUUGGAGCACAUCGAUACGCGAGCGUUUAUCGACAACACACACCUGCAGGUGUUGACGCUCGACGACAAUCCUUCAUUUUCGGCCCUGCCCGUGCGCCUGUUUCACGGCAACCCGCAUCUGAUUGACAUUUCCAUGCGACGCAACGCGCUUCUAACGCUGGAUGCCGUCCAGUUUCCGCUCGAUCGCCUGCAGCGCUUGAAGCUGGCCGGAAAUCCGCUCGUGUGCAACUGCACGAUACGCUGGCUGUGGCGACUAGUGACCGGCACGCUGGAUGAUGACGAUGGCGAUGAUCCGGAUGGUGUUGCCUUCCUGGGGAAGUCGUUGGCCGACCACUCGAACAUAACGACCGUGUUGCUGAUCGACAAGGACGAGAUCGGGUGUGAUCUGAACGAGGACGGACUAGUGACACGUCGCACGCUGCGCAACAUGUCCGAGGGUGAUAUAAACUGUCCCGCUCAUCUCGUCACAGUGCUGAGCAUACUUCUCAGCUUGCUACUGCUCGCACUCGGAGCAGGCGCGGCAAUCGUCUACCGGCGCAAGUCUCGCGAGCGCAAAAAGAUUCUGCAGGAGCGCAAGAACGUGCACGAGCGUAUUGUGCCGCAGAAGGUGGACAAGCUGGAGCUGGAGCGGUACCUCGCACAGCAGGUCCUGUCGAAUGAUUACCGUGAGCUGAGGCCCGCCUGUGAUCUGCCCGUGCGGUACGAUCUGAAGUACCCGGACCAGACUGCACACCAGCUGGGUGGUGUUCCCGAUGUGGAUCCCGACUCUGACCACUAUGAGAACAUAGACUACCUCCAGCAUCAGCGUGUCCUGGGCAAUGCGUCCACACCGCACGCGUCCGCACAUUCGAUCAUUACGAAUCCUUUCCACCAUCAACCCCCGAGCCAGUACCAGUUCGGGCCGGGCCAUCCUCAGGCACAGCCCCAACUGCAUCCCGCUUCCUACCAGCACCAACCACAUCAGAGUCCACCCCAACACCAUCAUCAUCACCACCACCAUCCGGCACCAGCGAUGACCAUGCAGCAUCCGCACAAGUACCCGCACCAGCACCAUACGACGGGUCCUCUGGCGGGGUCUGCCAACAACAGUAACACCUUGCCAGUGCCUCCAGCACAGCGUAGUCUCAACAACUACUCGCCCAACUUCUUCAUCUACGUCCUGUACUCACACUUCAUUCUGCUCCUGCUAGCGUUAUGAUGAGGUACAGUACAUGGCACGGGAACCAUACUGCGAUAGGCUAUUCGAGUCCCUACUAUACUCACCUAGCAAUGAAGCAAUCGAAUCAAACUUUUUUGCGAACCAGAUGAAUUGGCGUGUUUGUACAGAAAUUUAGGGAAUUAAUUGUCUUUAACCUUUCCCCCCCCCCCCCCAUUUGCCAAUGUUCUAAGUCACCAGAUGUCGUAGCAUUUAUGUGGAUCCGAAUGAACGACAAGGCUAGUAAGAAAUGACAACAAUAUUUGUACAUGAAAAGUUGGAGCAGAGCAAAACGCAAACACGUACCCGUAGAUCAAUAAUGUUAACAACCUGUGAAGGUAAACUGUUUUUAAUUAUUUUGAACCAUCAUUAAGAUGCGCCAUAUUAGCUUAAGUGAGCUUUCUGUCCCGAAUUGUACUAUUCGUUGAGAGAGAAAAAAGAAGAUAAUUUAAUCAUGUGUUUAUAUUAAGGGAAUCUUCAGUAGCGUGUUAUUUCACAUGGUAAAAGAAAGCUGUUCUUGAAUUGAACCUUACCUUCGUUAACAUGAACCCAUAACGUUUCCUUACAUUGCGCAAUCUCACUUAACGUUUUUUUUCUGCUAACUUGCAAUAUUUAAUCUCGUGCAAUUGUUUUUUUUUUGUGUUUUAGACUUUUUUAUUCGAUAAGCUUGAUUUCUGUUUUAACGUAAGGCAUAACACAUAAACAUUUCUGCUAAAUUCUUCAUUAGACCUUUUCCGAUGAAUUUCAAGAACCCGUUCUCGAAAAUGUUAUGAUCUAAAUUUGUUUUGUUGCUUUUUCUCUUCGAGCAAUCAAUUUUUUUUGUACAGUAGAUAGAAAUAAUUUAUAUUUGUACAACUAAUGUAAGUGGAUACAAUACCUUCUGCUGGGUAAUGCAAAGCAAGAUGUACGUAGCGAAUUGUGCAUACCGAAAAUGUGUUUAAUGUGCAGCUCAUAUUUGUAAACACAACUCGUCAUCUGUAGGGAAAUUGGAAAAUAGAGACAGAAAAUUUGUACGACAAGACACCGCUGGCAUCGAUAGUUUAGCUAAGCAAACAAAAGAAAGACGUUCAAAAUGCUUCCUUUUGUACUACGCAACAAUUUGUGAAUAAAGAUUACUUGAUCUAUAUAAGCCUAGACGAAACUUCUACACAUGAACGUGAUGUUUUUUUGUUUUGUUCAACACACGAAAUGAAAAGCAAUCUACACAGAAAAUUGUGAAAUAAAAGCAAAUGGCUACGAAAAUCAUUUAUUAUAAGAUGGAAGUGAAUCUACACAAGGGGACACUAAUGUACGAAUUGUAAUACUACCGAUAAGAUUACGAAUAUGUUACACUGAGUUGUUAUAAGACUGAGCAAGUGGAAGAAAUGAAAUGGCUAACUGAAGUGAAAAUAAAUUU